AUGAAAUCUUCGGCGAUUGAAGAUUUAAUCCCGAAGGCUCCACAAGCGUCCACUGUGAAGUUCGAAAUUGAAGGUGACAACGUCCUCCACUUCGCUGCGCUUCCAGAUGGUACACAUACGCUUGAAGAUGUCAAAUUUCCUGAAGAACCAUACUUAAAGUACGAUUUUGAAUUUGAUGAAUUCCAAAAAUGCGCUAUAGCAUGCGUACACAAUAAAGAAUCAGUACUAGUUUCCGCACACACAUCAGCUGGUAAAACUGUUAUUGCCAAAUACGCCAUUGUCUCAGCAUUACAGAACAAUUCACGCGUCGUUUAUACAUCACCCAUCAAAGCUCUUUCCAAUCAGAAAUACAAAGAGCUUGCUGAUGAAUUUGAACCAAGAUUUGGCAAAGGCUGCGUUGGCCUUUUAACUGGUGAUGUUACAAUCAAUCCAAGCGCAUCAGUACUCGUCAUGACAACCGAAAUUCUUAGAAUGAUGCUCUUCAUGCAAGAUACUUUAAUUCGUGAGUUAUCAUGGGUUGUUUACGAUGAAGUUCACUACAUGAAAGAUCGUAGUCGCGGCGUUGUUUGGGAAGAGUCAAUCAUCAUGCUCCCAGACGAUGUCAGAUUCGUAUUUCUUUCAGCCACAAUUCCAAAUGCACGCGAAUUCAGUGAAUGGAUUGCCACUACGCACAAACAAGUAUGUCACGUAGUUUACACAGAACGCCGUCCAGUACCUCUCCACUUCUAUCUUUCACCUUUAGGACAGCCAAAACCUUAUAUGGUGAGAAAUGCAGAGGGAGAGAUCAACGACCAGCAAUUUGCUCUUGCCUGCGCAAGUGUUAAGUCGAAUGCCGGCGCUUCCAAGACAUUUGGCAGCGUACAAGUCAAAUCUUCUGAAACUACAAAAUCAAAAGUCUCAAAAAAGGCUCUUGGCCAACAUACAUGCAAAAUAAUCGAGAACUUAUACAACUCCAACCUCUACCCAAUGAUCGUUUUCGUGUUUAGCCGCAAAGAAUGCGAUAAUAUUCACGAAUCUCUUGGCGAACGUACAUUUUUGAAGCCAGAAGAAAAAUACUACGUUACUGAGGUCUUCCAGAACGCUAUCCAAAGAAUUCCAAACGAAGCCGACCGAAAUCUUCCCCAAAUUAAACACAUGAAAAGACUUGUUGAACGUGGUAUUGGAGUCCACCAUGGCGGUCUCAUGCCGAUUCUUAAGGAAGUUGUUGAACUUUUGUUCCAAUAUCACCUUAUCAAAGUUUUGUUUGCCACGGAGACAUUUUCCAUGGGAUUGAAUAUGCCGGCCAAAACCGUCGUAUUCAAUUCCCUUCAGAAAUUCGAUGGAAACGAACUUCGUACUAUUCAUACUUCGGAAUUCAUCCAAAUGGCCGGCAGAGCAGGCCGUAGAAACAAAGAUCAGUUCGGUGCUGUUGUCAUCAACUACGGCGGAGAGCCAUCACCAGCAGAUUUGAAGGCUUUGAUGACAUCUGGUGCUCAGCCAUUGAACAGUGAGUUCCGAGUCACAUACAACAUGAUUCUUAACUCCCUUACAAGUGCCAAUGGCAAUCCAAAGAGAAUCAUGCGCUCUUCUUUCCACCAAUUCCAAAUGGAAAGACAAAUUCCUGAAUUAAAGCGCAGAUUGAACGAAAUCAAGACACAAGCAGAUGCAAUCGAACUUACAGAUGCAGAGAAGACAAAGCUCAAGGUCGAAAUGCAAGAAAAACUCCGUUUACUCCAAAACAAAAUGAAAAAGAUGAUUUUUGAUGAAGAAAACGCUAAGAAUUUCUUAAUCCCAGGGAAAAUUGUGAAAUUAAGGGAGUGGGGUUAUUGUGUAGUGGUGACUCCCCCUCAUAAAGGUGUUCUUACUGUUAUUUCGAAUGCUGUUACGACAAUAGAAGGAAAUGUUGUUCCUCCAUCAAAAAGCAAAGCUAAAUCACAGCCAACAUUGAUCUCUGUUGGUCUUACAGAGUUUGAAGAAGUGUCUCCACAUAUUGUCACUGUUUCUUUUGAUUCAUUGAACAACAAAAUGGUUUCUCAGAUAAUGAAAUCAGUUGAUAACAUGGCAAAAAGUGGAAUUUCCAAUGUAAAUCAUCGUGAUUUAUGCAAUGAAAAAUUCAGAGAAGAAUAUCUUAAAUCUGAAGAAGAAUACAACAGAUUAUUAGAUUCAGUUCAUGCAUUAGGAGAUGUUGAUGAAAAGACUCUUCACGAUUUCAUUACGAAAAGAAAUCUUGAAGAUGAAAUCGAGACAUUAAACAAGAAGAUUUCUGAUAUGGAAUUACUCGCAAACCAAGGAGAUUUGGAUGCAAUGAUGCAGCUUUUGUUACAACUCGGUUUCGUUGAAGAAGUUGAAACAAUGGAAGGAAAAGGAGUUGUAAUUACAUUGAAAGGAAGAGUUGCUGCAUCAGUUAAUUCUUGUGAUGAAAUUGUUAUUACUGAAUUAUUAGUUAAUGGUUGGAUAAAACCUGAAUACUCUGCAUCAAUGAUUUGUUCUAUUUUGUCUUGUUUCAUCAGCGAAGAAAAGAAUGACAAACCAGAUCUCGAAGGAUACGAAGACCAAUGGAAAACACUUCAGAACACAGCGUCAAAGAUCGCAGACAUGAGUUUGGCGUGCGGUGUUCCCUUGGACAAAGAAAUUUUCAUGUCACAGUUCAAUCCAAGUUUCGUGAAACUAGUUGAGAGUUGGGCAAUGGGUGCUGAUUUCCAGUCAAUAAUGAAGGAUUAUCCGACAUAUUACGAAGGAUCAAUCGUCAGAACAAUCAAGAGAUUGGACGAAUUACUUGGACAAGUUUCAAAGGCUGCUGACAUUUUCGGAAACAAAUCUCUCGCAGAAUACAUAGAGAAAGAGGCAAGGCCUUUGAUAAACAGAGGUAUUGUGUUCACAAAGUCUCUUUACCUCAAUGAAGAAAUCAAAAAAGAUUAA